AUGCAGAGGCCACUCUCUGACGAGGAGCGGGCGGCAAAGGAGGCCCGUCUGGCCCAGCUCCGCGGCCAAAUGAACACGCGGGAUGGCGUCACUUCUUCUGCGGCGGCGGCGGCGGCGGCGAUGCCCCAGACGCACACCACCACGUACGCCUACAACGAUGCGCGGGACAGCGACGAGGAAGACGCGUGCGACGAUGACGAGGGGGACACAUUUUUCCGGGAGGCAGAGCGGGCCCAUGAGGGGGCGGCCGGCGUCUGCAUGUACGCAAAGCCAAUGGGGGAGCUGAUGGGAGAAACGGUGGAGACGGGGCCGAACGCCAGGCGCUGCACCGUGGGCGACUUCGAACUGCUUCGCCUGGCGAAGAUGGGAGACCUCCUCUCCUUCAAGGAAUUCGCGGCGGCCGUCGGCAUCGACCCCGCCGUUUUUCAGGACAACCAUGGGCGCAACGCGCUGCACUACGCGGCGGACAGCGGGAGUGUCGCGAUGCUGCAGUACCUGAUAGAGCAGCAGGUGCCCUUCACCAGGGACGAAAAGAAGAUGACGCCCGUGGACAUCGCCGUACUGAAUCAACACAACGGCGCAGCAAAGCUGCUGGCAGAAACCUUUUCUGAGGCGGCCGAGGCGUUGAAGAGCUACGAGGAGGCCAUCGAGGCCUUUACGCAGCCGCCGCCGAAGUUUACGAUGUCAAAACCCGCCCCGCCCGCCCCGAAGGAGUCGCGUCAGCGCAGCUUCUGGAAAAAUAAAGCGGCGGGCGCCGCCGCCACGCCGGCAACGACGGAUACCUUUGCCACUCCUCUCACCGUCUCUCAGCUUACGGAGGCGCACCACGAUCAGGUUGUGCGCGCCCUCGGCGGCGUGAGCCUGACGCGCGACAGCCACGGCUUUCACAAUUGGCUUCCGCCGGCGGAGAGCGCGACUCUGGCCGCCACCCUCCCCCACGCCACGGUGGUGGGUGCAAUGCAAACCGUCGACGGCGAAGAGGCCCUUCGCGGUGUGGUCGUAGCAGUGCCGCUGGGGGGCUCCCUCGUAGGAAAGAGCGGCGCCCUCAAGGCCGAGGAUCCAGUGCUUGUAACGCAGCUGGCGGUUUCUCCCACGUCACGUGCAAGUAACGUCGCCACACUGAUGAUGGCGGAGCUCCAGAAUUCACUCCAGGCCUCUAAACGCACGACUGUGGUUUUCCGAAGCCAACUGCAAUUGCCCGUGCCGGCCGUGGGACUCUUGAAGUGGUCUCAGCGCUCAAUUGCGCCGGGUAGCGUGAUGCGGCAGCGCCACUCUACGGAAGUUUUCCCCGAUUUUUACACCUACGACGAAAUUCUUCGCGCCGACAUCGUCGCCAAGCACGCACUGACAAAAUCGUUUUGUGCCCAGAAGGCAUCCCACCGUGAGGGCUGGUGUGGCGUGGAUCGUGGCAACUUGGAGCAGGUGAAGCUGGUGCACGCUUUUGUUGCCGAAAACGCGGCCAAGUUGUUUGACGUCGCGUACGUGCCUGAUACAACCGAAGACCUGCUGCGGGUCGUCGCGGCCGAGGGACUUUCCGCCUUUGUGUAUGUGUCCCCAGCGUCCGGGGCAAUCACGGACUUCGUCGUCUUGCGUCUCCGCAAUCCGGAGCGGCCGACGGGGGAGGGCCACGCCGCCGCGAUGUGUGUGUACGCCAUCUUCACCUCCUUCAAGGGGUCCGAGAAGGCGGAGGAGGUGCUCGUCCUGUGCGAGAAGCUGAAGUGCGAGACUGUGCUCAUUCCGAACACGUUUGGCUUCCUCGACGGCGAGCUGAGCAGGGCCAACUUUGAGGAGCUGCUUCUCUGCCGCGAGUACCUCUACGUCCUGAGGGCGCCGACGGAGAGCGCGCUGCCGCCGACGCCGCUUUCGAAGGUCGCCAUCCCCUGCGCCUUCAUUUAG